AUGUGUUGUGGUGGUUCACAUGUAGGCAGAGCUCUUAGCUUGGCUCUCGCACAGAAGGGAAUUUUUGUUACUGUUGUUGAUUUCUCUGAAGAGAGGGGAAAGGAAGUUUCAUCCCUUGCUGAAAAGGAGAACGCCAAAUUUCAUCCAAAGUUGGAAUUUCCGACUGCUAUGUUUAUAAGAUGUGAUGUUUCAAAUACAAGAGAACUGAAUGCUACUUUUAAAAAGCACUUGGAGACAUAUGGAGGCUUGGACAUAUGCAUUAACAGUGCAGGCAUUGGAAAUCCAGUGCCAUUCCAUAAAGAUCAAACUGAUGGUUCUGGUUCUGGUUCAUGGAGACAAACUAUAAAUGUGAACCUUAAUGCAGUGAUAGACUGCACACGCCUUGCGGUAACAUUGUUUUCAUCACUAGCUAUCAAUUUGCUGUCAUCGCACUUGUAUGUAUCCUGUUUACUGGAAGUUCUUGUAAUUUGA